UCAGAUAUCAACGAGGACUCGCCUAGCCUCAAAAGAUGUGCUAUCUCCAAGCAUAACCGGGCGAGACAUGAAAAGAGAUGUUUCGUUCAAAGCGUUUCCGUUUAAGAAUAUUGCCUUGUUACGCCGUGGUGGAAACUAG